GUUGACGCUGGUUUUGGAGACCAGUCCAGCUCGCCUGCAUUCCUCCUCUCUCUAAAGCCUGACCGAUAGAGACAGAGAAAGAAAGGGGGAGAAAACACCGAUUAUUAUCCUCCACCGUGUUGGAUUUUUAUGAACCACAGACUCUGCUCACUCCGGACACACCGACCAGACAGAACCAAAAAAAUAACCACGUCAAGCCUGCUCCGUUUGGACCUAUAAUAACGACAAAUAGGCGUUUUUUCUCUCUUAAAAAUGACGGGAGUUUGCCGUUAAUGUGCCUGUGUAGGUCAGCUAUCGAAAAGCAGCUUUGGUGAAACAGCCUCGGCGGAUAUCUCCUUUUUUUCUUUUUUUUUUUUUUAAAUGAGGAUUUGCAAGAUGGCUGAUGACAGCUACCCCUAACAAGGACAGAAAAAGCGACGUCCCCUUUAAGAUUAGGAGGGUAUAUUUUUGUAUUUCUAUUAGUUAAAUAACACAAAUAUGUUUGCAUUUAAAAAAUAAUGCCCGAAAUUAAUCGUGUUUGUCGGUUAAUGUAGUGUUUAUCUGCACCUGGUAGAAAAUGGUGAGGUGACGUCUGAGGUAAUUUACGCGAUUUAACCGAGAUAAGGAAGUAGAAAAAUAAUGUUGUUGGCUAAAGGCUGAGGCGACGAUAGGUGAAUAAGGUGGUAAAGUGAAAAAGAAGAUAAAAAGCAGGAUCAAAUCUUUGGUUUGAAGAGAUAUUUGAUAGAUGUGUCGGAGGGGGGAAACCAAAAGGCUCUGCAACAGCAGCCAACAUUCCUGCGGAUCCUAAAACCCUUUGUUUUGUGCGCAGGAGCUGGACUCGACUAUUAAAACGAUUAACUAUGCAGUAAACAAGCUCGAAAUGAUGGUAUGAUUUCCCGUUUAAUGAGAUUAUAAGGCCUUUGUUGUCGACUGAAACCUGGUGGAAAAAAAAUCCGAGGCCUUGUGUACAGAUAUGCGAGCUGUGCCACAUAGCAGGCGUUAUUCAUCAAAUAGAAAUGUUAUGUUAAAUUGAAGAGCUGGGGGUUGCUGUGUUGUUAAUCUGACUCGUAAAACUGUAUUUCUCGUCUACUGCCAAACCGUCGCUGGUUGUAUGUAUAAUUAAAUUGCAGGUGGAGGCUCCUCGGAUACUUAUUUAUGAUUCAGCGGACAAAAGCAUUGCGCUGCGUUGUGAUUAUUGAGCGUCCUUGAGGUCCAGAGAAAACACAUUCAGGUUUUUUUUCCUUUAAAAAGCUCUCUUUGUGUGAAUAGUAAUCAGGGUGUGGACUGAAGCUUUUCAUGCUUCGUUUGUUGGUCUGAAUUGGUCCACAGUCAAUCAUAAUCCGACGAAGUGAAGGAAGCUCCCAAGGUAAGGGUGGCCCGAGCAGAAAAGGGAUCAAGUGUCUUUUCAUGUGCUACACAGAGAUUGAUUCACCUCAUGUUCAUUUGAGUAAUUGUGUAGGUAUUUAGUUCUGUGCCUUUCAUGGUUUACCUGUAGCUGACAGGCUUUUUAGCUUCCUGUAGGCCCAUAAACACACACAGAAGCUGUAGGCCCAGUUUAUGUGUGUGUGUGUGAUCUAGAGGAAAGGAAAGCACCGUUUACUGUAAUCUGCAUAACGUCAGCCCCUGCUGUGUGUGUUGAAAUCACCAAGGUGUUGUCAUCCUUGCCUGAAGCCUUCUCUGGUCAGUUUUCUGGAAUUUGCCUUCAUGCUGCAGCAAUAAGCAAUACUCGUCAUCUGUCAGGGAGUCUCCUUCAGUUUGGUCACAAACACACAGAGUGAUCUGUCAGGACAGUGUCGGGUCUGUUUUUAUCUUUUUCUCAAGACUGCGAGUGUCAGGUUUCCCUGCGAGGAAAGAAAGGUCUGGUAGAAGUGGGGAAAAUAGUGUAUGCCUGCCCGUGCCAUGAUGGCCUCUGACAUGGCUGAGACGUGGAGGAACUGUUUUGAGGAGGAGCUCAUCUGCCCCAUCUGCCUGCACGUGUUCUCAGAUCCCAUCCAGCUGCCCUGCAAGCACAACUUCUGCCGGGGCUGCAUCAGCGAGGCCUGGGCCAAAGACUCCUCGCUGGCCCGCUGCCCCGAGUGCAAUCAUGCUUACACGCAGAAGCCUAGCCUGGAGAAGAACCACAAACUGUCCAACAUAGUUGAGAAGUACAACGCCCUGAGCGUGGAGAAGGCCACCACGCCGGCGCUGCAGUGUAUCCUGUGUCGCCGAGGCCCACCACUCCCUGCUGUCAAGGUGUGCCUGCGCUGCAACGCCCCGUGCUGCCAGUCCCACGUCCAGACACACCUGCAGCAGCCAUGCUCAGCCCUCGGGCACCUGUUGGUGGAGGCAGAGGCGGUGAAAGCCUGGACCUGCCUACAGCACGACGAGUACAGGCUGUACCACUGCGAGGCCGAGCAGACAGCCGUGUGCCAGUACUGCUGCUUCGCACGCUGCCACCCGAGCCACGGCCACGCGGUCACUGACGUGGAGCUGCGACGCAAUGACAUCAGACAAAGCCUGUUAAGGCAGCAGGAGCGUGUGGAGGAGCGAGUGCAGGAGAUCGAAGAGCAGCUCUGCAAACUCGACUCUGACAAGUGUGUGGUGGAGGACAGGGUGUGUGAGCUGAAAGAGGAGGUGCGUCUGCAGUACCAGCGGAUGCACCAGCUGCUGGAGGAGGAUCUCGGUCGGACACUGGAGGCUCUGGACCGGGCUCAGGCCCGGUUCUGCCAGGAGAACGCCGCCCAGGUUUUAGCUCUGGGUGAGCAGCGCCACGAGGCCCAGAAGCUGCUGAGCUCCAUCCACACGGCCUUCAGCAAGGCGGAGGAACUGAGCUUCAUGAAAAACACCAAGCCUGUUAAAAUCCUCACAGACAGGUCUCAGGCAUGUGUGGGCAGCACUCUCCCUCCUUACAAAGUGGGGAAUCUAAACUCUAAACUAUUCCUCUCUGAAAUCUCAAAAAGAGAGAAGAGCUUGAAGAGAACGCUGGAAGCUCCCCUCACCCCUCCCUCCACCUUCCUACAGUCUGUUCCUGCGUAUCCCAGCGGUCAGAGCUCCGGCUCUGGAGCAGAGAAACGGAAACAUUCCACGGCCUUCCCGGAGGGGAACGGGAACGUCGGAAAAAACGCCGCUCCUGGUUUCAAGGACUCCUCCUCCUCUUCUUCCUCAUCUUCCUCCUCGUCGUUAGCCAAGCAGCCCUACCUGGGCUCCGGCUCUGCCUCCGGAGAAGGUCAGUCCACCAAUCAGCAGCCUCUCGGCCCCUGCGGCCCGCCUCACAUCAGCGAGAGUGGAGGCACGGGAAGCGGAAGCGGCUCUCUGAGUAACCACCAUUCAGGCUCCGUGUUCGGCUCAUCGCACUUUCCUCCCGGAGGCAGCAGCUCCUCGCACUCCUCCCAGCAGGCCGUGCUGCCUCAAUAUGGUGGCCGUAAGAUCCUGGUGUGCACGAUGGAUAACUGCUACUGCUCCGGAGUGCCAUCAGUGUCAGGCCACCGCAGCCACCCUCCGUACCCGCGUUCUGGCUCUUUCCCCUGGGUCAGUGCCCAGGACUACCCCCCUCCUCCCGGCCUGGCCUCCGGGGGUCCGUCCAUGCAGGGUUUAGCAGUGAGGGACUGGAUAGACGCAUCGCAGACACACAGACAUGCAGAUUUUUACGGGCUGUACGGGCAGCCGUCGACAAAGCACUACGUCACCAGUUAACAGAGUAGACACACACACACACACACACACACACACACACACACACACACAAACACACACGCACACUUGCAUAUAGAGACAGGCACCAAAAUAGCACACCUUUACCGUCUUAUUAACCGGAAAAAACACAGUAAUACUAUUCACGCUAGGCUUGGGCGGUAUUUUUUUUUCAUACCUUCCAGUCGUUUCAUUGGGGUAUACAGUAUAUGAUCGUAUCAGUGUGUGGCGCAUACACCCCCCCAAUGUUACUGUGAAACAUUUGCAGGAGUUUUGCGUUGAUGCUUUAACUGCACGGCUUCAGAAACGAGUUUGUGCUUUUAAUUGUGAAAAUCAGGGCUGUACGAGAUUCAGAAUUAUGUCAAGUCAGAUCAGAUUUGGUUGGUUAUUGAGAAUAUUUGACAAUUUAGUUUUUUUCUCCAUAAAAAUUUUUAAUGGGGCUCUGCAGGAUGUUCAGUGUGACAACGGCAUUCACACGACACGGUAAACAAGCUAUCGUAACAACACAAAUGCGUUUUGCCGACACAAGAUAUCAAGUAAAAGCAAGAGACUGUAUCGCAUUAAGUUGCUGUAAGCUGUAAAUCCACCACUUCUAAACAGAGGAGAGAAGAUCAUGUGAUCUCUGAGCCUUACAGAGCACUCCUCUCUUUCUCUGUGCAGCAGCAGCUUCUACCAAAGAAUAGCGUGACAGUCACUCCGCAGCAAAAAUGACAGCUCGACUUGAAGCAAUCUCAGUCAACUGAGGGGUCCCGUCUGAUGAUUUGAAUCUCUUUGACCUUCAGGUGGCAGCCUUAACGGAAAUACAGUAAUUAUUACAGCUCUGCAGCAGCAACAAAAAACGCUGCCAAUGUGAACACACACUGCUCACACCUGCAGUGUGGCCCGGGCGUAACCUCCAUGGCACAUGAUGCGCACUGCAUGCAAAACAUGCUCAAUACAGCCUCUCCGGUAUGAAUUUAAUACAAAGAUGAGGGUCCGAAUUUUUGACGGUAUCUUUCUAAAUACCCUGGUAUACAGUGAUACUGUGAUACCGCCCAUGCCUAUCACGCAUUAAAAAAGUAAGAUUUAUAUCCACACACACGCAAAUCUAGAACACACAAUUCGGGGGCAGGGUCGAUAUCUUUGUGUUUUUAUUUUCUUCUUUAUUUUCUGUCAGUGUUUCAUGUAGUGUAUUAUACGUAAAAUGCAAGCCAACACGCUCACUCUGGCACAACUUCAGCAUCGUACACAUAAACAACAAACAAGAGAGGCCUCAGAGGAGAACGUGACAUGCUUCUUUUUUUAUUUAUAGAGCAGGAGAUGGAUUGAUAGAAAAUAAACUUUUAAUAGAAAAUCUGUGGCUUCUCACUGACGCUAAAGGGAAAAAGAGAUUCAAUCCGUGCAGUGUUGAGCUUCCCAGUAUAGCGCCUCAUGUUUCGCUGAUAUAAUCGCCCCUCUAGUCGUACUGAGGUCAGUUGCCUUAUGUUAUUAGCAUCAUAAUUUUCUCUGCCCAGCUCACUUUGUUCUUUAAAGAGGGUCCCUUCGCGUCUCUUGAUUUUCAUCGUCACGGCACUUCUUCCUUUCUUUGCUGAGUUCAGGGAUGGAUCGUACGGCUUGAACACAAAACGCUCUUCCAUGGAACACCCACAAUGCACUUGUGGACGCCUUGUUAUGCCUGGACUACAGAUGCUCGGACACUAGAGCUGCAUCUGAAGGGCCGGUUGACCUCGGCCCAAAGAGUUUGGGGGAUUAUUCUUAGCACUCCCUUCCUGCUAUCAGGCUUCUCACAGGACAGAAAUCUUCUGACAAAGACUGUUUCCAUUUAGUAAUUACUAUGACUUUGUGUUAUUUGGUACAUCUGUAGGCUUCAUGCUUGUCUAGAGAGACUCUGUGAUUGAAGAGAAAAAGACAAGACUGGACAGACCAAACCAAUCAAGCAUCUGGAGGAUCUGACGAUGCUGUAAUUGUACUUCCUGCAGGGCAAAGAUGUCACUUCCUCUCUAUAAGCACAUGAGCUCUUGGCUUCCUGUUUGCAGCUGAAAGCAUGCAAGGAAGAGUUUUUUAAAGCACUCAAAAGAAGAACAAUGGGGGGAGCAAAACGUAUGCAGUUUUAAAUCGAGUGUAUGAGAGAAAAGAAGGGUGGGAGUAAUUUUUUUCAUGAACUUUUUCUAAAAGAACAAGAGUGGACUGCGAGAUGUAAGCAAUUGUCAUCAUCCUAAAAAGGAGCUGUUACAACGGUUAACAUAAAAGAGAAAAAAAAAACAACAACAUAAAAGUAUCUUUUUUUGUAAAUAUUUUGUGAAAUGGAAAAAUUACAGACGUGAUUUGGAGGAGGGUUCCAAAUAAACGAACAAAUUUAAA